AUUUUGCAAGGCGACUUUGCUUCAAUGUCGACAAACUGGGAAUACACUUCUGUAUCUUCUAGGGAUGUAGAAUUGGUCUCCAGAACUAAACAACUGGAACCAACAUCGAGUGGUGAUUCACUUGGAAAUGAGCCAGGGGUGCCUCAACCUGAUCCAAAGACAAGCCUUGCUCUACACAAAGAGGAUACCACUCAGACCUCGUUCACUAAUGUUGAUUCAAGAGACGUAAUCGAGAUUCCAAACUGGCCUGGGCCACAAAAACUCGAGGCCACGUGCGGAAAACGCAUUUUAAACGGCAUAGGAUACAUACUAUUUCUCGUACCGCCUUUAAUAUUUCUUGUUUUGGUUCUAUCUGCCAUCGGUCUACAUUCAAAGGGGGCUAGUCCAUUUGGAAAAUUCGUUAUCCAAGCGUGCCUUCUGGGUCCGACGGUAUUCCCAAUUGCCUUUAGCGCAAUCCUAGGUUGGUGUCUGAAGACAUAUGGUCGUUAUAAAUCUGAAAGAGGUGUCAAUCUGGGUUUCGGCAGCAGUACCCCUUGUUGGUACGGAGGUCAAUGGGCUCUACGCCUCCUCUCUGUUUUCAUCACCCGACAUCAAGACUGGACCGACAGAUUUAUGGGGAGCAAUCAAAAUCCCCUCUAUAGAGCCUCUCGAUUUCGAUCAUCAGGACGAGGAUGGAGUACCAGUCGGGACGGUAUCGACCUACUCGUCUCUAAUUGGGAUUCCAAUGGAUUCCAAAACAUACAAGACGGCAUUAAACUAUACAUUCACCCUCAAUACCACCAUGUUUACGACCCAGUGUCAGCAGCCAAGACCUGUCAAUAUAUUUCCCCCCCCCCAGCUGGGACCUCCUUCGUCCUCGAAACACAAUUUAUCCCCCCUAUAAAGUACUCAGUCACUGUUACCGAGAGGAAUGUCGAGUGUGCUUCUGGAAAUUGUGGCGUAACUCGGAUCAAAAAGAUCGACCGCCCUAUCGACCAAUUUCCGGCCAGGCAUAGCUCGCAAACGGAGCUCUACCUCUAUAACCCGCGACAAUUACGACAGAAUGCCAGCACGACAUCCGUGGAUCUUCGUGAGGUGCCCAUUGCGGAAUUCAACAGCAGCGACAGUCUCGCCUAUACUCAGAAUGACGUCUCUCACUGGGUCAUUUCGGCUCUUGUCGCCUCACUUGCCAUGCUCGCCAUCGCUAUCGCCGGUGUCUUACUCGAGACGCGAGUAAUUAGCCCAGACAUCUAUGGAUACGUCUCGAGCAUGACGAGGGAUAAUCCGUAUUUCCCAUUGGCAACCGAUAGGCCACCUCGCAUUUACGAUGGCUGGAUACAAAACGCCAAGGAAGCAGUCGACCAACUGUCGGCUUCGGAGGACAAAGUCGUAUUCUGGCUGUUCAUGAAAUCCGAGUUCCUUGACGAGUUGAAAGAAAUAGUGACACUUCCAUCCAUCAAGCUACACAGAUGA